CGCAAACACCGAGCCACUCUGGACGACGUGGCCCAACAUCAAUUGAGUCAACUUGCCAUAUCAUCCUCCUAGCAACCCUCGAGGGCCCAAUUCAGAUUCUAGCACCCAUCUGUCGCCUCCGUCGCUACAGUUCAUCCCCGCUUCACUUUGGCUGCCUAACACCCCUUCCGACUUGAUCAGACAUGGCGAACGACGAAUACGAUUUCCUAUUCAAAGUCGUUCUCAUAGGAGACUCCGGCGUCGGUAAAUCCAACCUACUCAGCCGAUUCACCAGAAACGAAUUCAAUCUCGACUCCAAAUCCACAAUCGGUGUUGAAUUUGCAACUAGAUCAAUCCAGGUGGACACAAAGACAAUCAAGGCGCAGAUCUGGGAUACUGCGGGACAAGAAAGAUAUAGAGCCAUCACAUCUGCAUACUACCGUGGAGCCGUGGGUGCCCUCCUUGUCUACGAUAUCAGCAAGCACCAAACAUACGACAAUGUCACGAGGUGGCUGAAAGAGCUUCGGGAUCAUGCGGACGCCAAUAUUGUGAUCAUGUUGGUCGGAAACAAGAGUGAUUUGCGCCACUUGCGAGCAGUUCCUACUGAAGAGGCCAAGCAAUUUGCCAGCGAGAACAACCUGUCAUUUAUCGAGACGUCCGCACUCGAUGCUAGCAACGUCGAACUCGCCUUCCAGAACAUCCUCACAGAAAUCUACCGAAUUGUCUCAAGCAAGGCACUCGACCAGGGUGAUGGGGCGCAGGCGCCAACUGGCGGUGUGAAGAUUGACAUGACGCCUUCAGGGGCACCGGAUGCCAAAGGAAACAAGUGUUGCUAGAACUGCCAUUCCUUUCACGAAGUCUCGGAGAGCAUGGCGUCGUCCAACCGGCGCAAGCCUGAGUUUGGUACAUGUAUUGAUGUGAACAUGAAUCCAUCGUAUGGUUCAUUUGCCGAUGGAAUGGCUAUGGGAGUAGAUUAAUUGGGCAGUGAAGGGCUUUUUACUUCGCACGCAAUUGAAAUGAUACAGAAAAGAGCCAUGCAGCAUCUAUCAUUUCUACAUUGCCUCUACGUUAUUAUCCAACUAUUGCAGAUUGCUUGCCCCGCGCUCUUACGACGAACAGCUUGCGAACUGCAUUUAGGGUCAAAGGCUACGUUAUGUAGGCGCAUUCGCGAAUCUCAUGCUGCCUGGAGCAAGGGAUGAUGCGUUGUUGGGACUGAGGAUCACCUGUGAACAUCAACAGCAUAGUCAUUGAGUACGAGGGCAGGAGAGCAGAAGUAGAAGGGCUCUUGAACUG